ACCUGUGUGUGUGCCUACCAAGGCAGAGUGUGUCCGGUGGUCAGGUUCUUCCCUCUCUUUCUCCCUUUCUUCUUUUCUUUCUCCCUCUCUUUUUCUUCUCUCUCUUUUUCUCUUCCUUUCCCCGCUGGCUAUCUCUUCCGCCGUCUUUUUUCCCCCUAUCUAUCCCCCUACCUGUGUAUCUCCGUCUCUCUCUCUUUCUUUUUCCCCUCCCCCCUACUGUUUCUGUCUAUCCGUCUAUCCUCUUCGACAUCACCUCACGCAGCAGUGCCGUGUUGUAGUGUCGUGUCAUCCCGCGGUACGUCAACGAUCCUCCCGGACUGAAGGCAAGGAUCGACCGGGUCGAGGGUACACUCUGCAAUUACCGGGGCCGGUCGAUCGCCGGUCUACAGUAGGGUGAAGAAAGUGAACCCGCGGUCACCGUGAAGGUGAAGGGAGUGAUAUUCCCGAAGGAACGCGCGUUCUCUAGACAUCGAUAAUCGGAGGUUUGCGACGAACGAGUGAUCUGUUGAAAUAUACUCGAAAACGAGAAAUCUGGUGAAUCUGUUUUAACUCAAUCUAUAGGAAAUAAAAUCUUACGUUGGUGUUGUCGCGAUGAUAAAGGACGAGCCGGUCGUAAUUGAGCUUGUUCGUUAAAAACGAAUUGGUAGACUAAAGCUCUGGUAUCGUACGAUACUAAUAUAAUUUUUCGUAUUUACGUGAAUGCCCUAAUGAUUGCGCCUCGAGUGAAAAGGGUAAGAGAAAGAGUCGUCUGGUGAUAGUUCGAGACUCGAUUGUGAUCCGAGGUGAUCCGCCCGAAGACAGCUAUUAUUCGACGAGUGGCAAGGUGCGCUGAGGAAGGGGACAUUCGGUGAAGGUGUCAAACGUCGACGGCACCUCAUUGACAUUUCCGUGACAUUUAGUGCGCGAUUCGAGUCGAGUGCCAGACACCUUUUCGUGUAACACGCGUGUCCCUCGCCGUUACACGACAGCGAAAUCUCGAACGGCUCGCGGGGAGCACGUUAUUGUCGUCGAGAAACGACACGACGUGCGAGGGAAGACGGCAGUGCGACGGAAAGGAAGUGAAACGAGGGCCAGGCGAGUCGAUGACGCGUCCUCCGUGCCUUAUCAGCGACAAAACCGGAGCGCGGUGAAGACUCAUCCAGGGUCUUAUCUGUCUCUCGGAAUUCUUCACUUGCACGUGUACGGCGUAGAAUACAAAUAAGACGAUCUGCGUUCUUUCGCAGAGGUCUGUCUCUGGUCGAGCGAACAACGAAACGAGAUCCCCGACGAGCCUAUCUAAAACGCAGAACUCUGUUGCGGAGCAACAGGUGGUUGUAUCUGAAGAUCGUCGAACGGGGAGGUUCUCCUGCGACUUUCGACAGGCAGAACCGGAGAUUCUUCACUCGGUUGGAGGUUGACGCUAGUAGCCAAACUGGACAUUCUUACCGCUACGUCGGGAAGAACGGAGUGGAGAUGUCCGCGGGUCGCUGAGAGAAUGAGGGAGCUGGACACCGAGAGCCCUGUCGUCUGGCCGGCCUGGUGUUAUACUGGUGAGGUGUCGGGCGAGAACGUGUCCGCGGGCACGGGACCACGUGGUGGCGACCGUGGUGAGGCGGCGGAUUUAGGUACGCACACGGAAAACAACGACGGGGCCACCCUGGCAGCAAACACAGCGGUCGACGCCAGGGGGGGAAGCCCUCAGGGCACCCAUCUGUCCGGUGCGGCAACCCCCAGACCUCCACGGGGUAGGAGGCGACAGAACCAGAAUGGCCUCGACACUACCCAAGUUAAAACGGAACGACUCACGCCUGACAACAACUCGACGUCGUCGAGGAGCGUGACGCCUUCUUCGUCGAGUCACCCGGGGACGCCGCCAAAUGCUACGCCUUUGGGGGGACCCGAGGGUCCACCGGCACCCCAUCAUCUUAAGCACAUGGAACAGAUGAUGGGGCGAAACUAUAGUGAUUUCAUGAGGAGUCUCGCCGCCAAGUACAACAACGCCAACCCUAACGAUUACUUUAGCACGCCAAGAAACGGUUACCCUCCGGGUUUAGACCCGAGGUUUCCGGCCUUCAAGGCCGCAGCGACGCCGUUCGUUGGUCUGAUGGCGCCGUUAGGGGCUCCGCAACCAUCGACUGUCCCGACGACCUCACCGCUCUCCAACAAAGAUCCGAAAGAACACAAGCAGGACAGCCUCUUCAGCAGUCCUGUGUUCCCGCCUAUGAUCGAUAUGUCGUCCACCCAAGCUCUUUUGCACAUGGUGCGAACUGCCAAUGCGGCCCAAAGCGCUGCAGAAUUGGAAACAUAUCUCAAAGGCGCGAACAAAAGAGACGCGGGGGUAACGAGUCCCUUGGACCUUUCGAGUCCCGGUGGCUUCGCACCACGCAAGCGGCAAAGGCCGGAAACACGGAGAUCCGAAAGCGUGUCGCCCAAGCCGAAACCUACCGCGAGACCAACCACACCUCCGCCGGUCAGGUGUCCGACUCUCUAUGGCCACAUACCUUGCGGCGACGGGCAAGCCGUAAAUCGCUGGACCGUCGAGGAUGUCGUCAAUUACGUUUCGUCAAUCGACAUCUGCGCCGAGUACGCACAGAAUUUCCGGGAGCACCGUAUAGACGGCGCAGCACUGCCGCUACUCUCGGAGAACCACCUGACAGGCACGAUGGGCAUGAAGCUCGGUCCAGCCUUGAAGCUGCGCGUGAUGUUGGCUCGGAAACUCGGUGCCUGCACGGUAUGCUUGCACUGUGCCCACUGUCACCAAACGCCGCUACCAGCGUUGAGCGCAGCAGCCGCGGCUGCGGCGGUGACGCAACAGCAACAGCAGCAGCAGCAGCAGCAGCAACAGCAGCAGCAGCAGCAACAGCAACAACAACAGCAGACGCCGGGUCGGCGACCCAGCAGCACCGGGAACUGACAAACAAUGGCGGAGACUCCUCCAUUGGGGUCCGAGACAGCGGCGGUCGGCGUGACCCCGGCAUCGCCGUCUC